AAAAAAUCACGGAAAAUCUGAAUGAAAGAACUUUUUCGGACAACUUCCCCCGACGGUGCUAAUGUGCAAAGUUUUGUGUUUUCAUCAGCAGCAACGCCAAGAGAAGCGGGAAAAACAAGCAAAGAAUUCACGGCAAAUUAUUUAAAAAGAGUGUGCAAACGGACGGGCGACGACAUCGGGCCCUGGAGAAUUUAACAGCAAUAACAACGGAAAAAAAAUAGAAACCACCAGAGGGAAUAGUCUAGAAUAGUCCGGCGGACCGCAAGCAGUUCAAGCGACUACGAAAUGCCGUUUGUAACGCCCCGUGCGGGGACAAGCAGUGCAAGCAGUGCGCCCGGCGGACGCACCACGUUCCGUCCGCCAUGGGUGAAGGACGACGGCGGCACCACUGCCAGCAGCAGUACCACAAAGCCCACUGCCACUCCGUGGGCAAAGAAGACAGCGACGACGACGACCGCCACUCCGGCAGCAAAGGAAAAUGGAGAAAAGUCGACUGCAACCAAACCAAAAGCAACUGCUACCACGACUGCAGCCGCGAAGAAGACUGCGACCCCUGAACCGGCCAAGAAGACGACAGAGCCUGUAAAGAAAUCUUCACUGGCCACAAGCACAACGGCGGCCAAGAAGACACCAGAACCCGUAAAUACCAAGAAGGCACCGGAGCCAAUCAAGAAAGUGGCGCCCACUGUGGGGCCCAAGAAACCAGUAGCCACCACUUCAGCGCUCAAAAAGAAGAAGGAGCCGACACCACCACCCGAAUCUUCCUCGGAGGAGGAAGAGAGCGAGGAGGAGGAAGAGACCGAAGAGGAAACCGAGUCUGAGGAGGAGGAAAGCGAAGAGGAAAGCGAGUCCGAAGAGGAGGAGAGUAAGGAAGAGGACACCACCGUGGACGAGAAGGUGCCCGAGCACGUGAAGAAGGCGGCCCAAUUGCGACCCACCACCGUCAACAAGAAGCCGGAACCGGAAAGUGAGUUGACCCAACGUUUUACCAUGGAGAAACCCAAAUUACGCAGCGUGGUGGUCAAGCGGGAUAAGUCCUUGAAAAAGAUGGCCACCGAGGACGACGACGAGGCCGAGGAGGGCGAAACGGAGGAGGAGCGCGACCGGCGGCGACGUUUUAAAUUAGAGAAGCCCAAGCUGCGGCAUGUCAAGCGCGAGGAGAAGCCUUUGCCCAGCAAGAGCACCGACGACCUGGCCAAAAUCCGGCCCGUGCUCAAGAAGGUACCCAAGAUCGAUGAGCUCCUCAAGGAGCCGAAAGAGGAGCCCAAGCCCGAGUUCACGACCAAGACCCUACGCAAAGCGUCCAUAAAGCGCGAGCCGAGCAUCAAGAGCGUUCCCGCCCCGCCGCCGCUGCCCUCGCUGGUGCCCAAGGCCCCGCCACCGCCGCCCCCGCCCCUAGCUCCCGGUGAGAAGAGAGUGCUCAGCAGCACACAGAAGGAGACCCUCGAGAAGCUCAGGACUCGACCCCGAAGGCGCCCCGACUGGUCCGAGAUGAUGAAGGAGGUGGAGAGCGGCAAGAAGCUGCGCCAUGUGGCCUGCAACGAUAGAUCUCAGCCCAUCCUGACGUGCAAGUCGAUAACCAAGCUGGACGACAAGUUCAUCUACGAGACGGAGAAGGGCAACUCGCACAACAAGCUGCUCAAACAGAUCCAGGGCGGCAUCAAGUUGAAGCCAACCAAGACCAACGAUCGCAGCAAGCCGGUGCUGGACGGUCUGCGCAAGUUCCGCCGACAGAUGACCAUCGAGGAGCAGCUGCAGAAGUCGCAGUCGAAGAUCAACAUGCUCAGCGAGGCGCCCAGCAGCCAUGCACUUGGACCUGGCAGUGCCACGGCCUUGGGAGCCGGAGGAUCUCGGCCCAGCAUCGUAUCGACCAUGUCCAUCGACGAGGAGAGUCCCGACGAGCUGGACGACAUCGACAAGAUCCGCGACGAUCUGCAGAGCACCAAACAAAUGCUGGCUCUGGAGCUGCGGAACCGCGAGGCGCAGGACCGCGAGAACAAGAAGCUGCUGGCCAAAAUCCGCACCCUAGAGACCGAACUGGAACGCGAGAAGUCACGCGAAAAGAAUCUCGAGUACGGAUCCAAUGUGAUUGUGGCCACCAUGGAUCCCACGCCCACCGCCGAACAGACCUAUGUCAACUCCCUGAAGCGCGAGGUGGAGGACGCACGCAAGGUGUCCAAGGAGGUGGAACAAAACUAUCAGAGCACCGCCGAGCAGCUGGUGGAGGCCAAGACGGAGAUCGAGGAGCAGCGCCGCCAAAUUCAGUUGCUCGAACGCAAGUUGGCAGCAGCUCUACAGGGCGGUGGAUCCUUGGACGGAUCGCGUCGACCAAGCGAUGCCAACUUCGGAAGGGAUAGCUCGCCAGAACUGGAGCCUGAGGUCAGCGAAAGCGAUCCUGACGAGCCGGAGGAGAAGAAGGUGGAGCGCAGGGAGCGUCGCUCUGGUAAGGAGCUGAAGAUCCUGCGCAGCAAGCUCACCAAAUUGAAGGUCAAGGAGGAGGCGGCCAAGAAGGAGAAGGACGCCCUCAAGCAAGCCAUGAAGAAGAACCAAGAAAUCCUCAAGGAGGAGAACAAGAAAUUCAAGAAGCUGGAGAAGGAGGUGCAGAAAAUGGCUGCCUCCAUGAAGCUGGACGAGGACGAUGUGGACGGCGAGGAGAAGGACGAGGACGAAGAGGAGGCUGAGGAGGAGCAUGCCAGCGAGGAGGAGGAGGAGUCCGACGACGAGUCCGAGGAGUCCGAAUCGGAGGAAAGUGAGGCGGAGACGGGCAGCGAGUCCGAGCCAGAGGACUCGCCCAACUCCGCGAAGAAGGCGAAUGUGGAGCCGCGCGUGAAGAAGCACGAGAGCCGGUUCGCGGCGAUGAAGAAGUGCAAUGUGCUGCUCCAGGCGAACGUCGACAAUUUGCAGGAUCAAAUUGUUCAGGUGCGAUCGCGGGCCACCAAUCUGCAGGACGAACUGGACGCGGUUAUUGCCGACUUGGGCUUCUAGUCCCUCAGCUUGUCUUCCGUUUCUGUUUCCGUUCCUUGCUCUGUUUGUUCGAGUGUGUGUGCUUCGAGAAUAUAAACAUAAACAAUAAUAAACAAACAAACAAACGAAAAA